CACUGCAGUUGGAACGAGACUUUGAAGUAUCAACACAUUCAAAUGUGAAUUCGCUAUUAUAUUUGCUCAUUUGAUGCGAAUAAAUUUAGACAUAACGGACAUCGAAUGUCAUCCGCAAUGGAACGCAUUGCUGUUGAGUAAAGAGCGCAGUUUUUUGCACAAACAAUCAAAAGAUUUCGUCAUGCUGUGGAAAAAGGAGUCGGGGCGGUGUGAUGCACCGUAUGUGGAUAUUUGUUCAUCGGGUCCGAAAGGAAUUGGAAUCAAUCUGCCAAGUGCGGGAAAUCAAAAUAGAGUCGAAGUGGUUGACAUUUUUCGAACCAACAUCACGUCAUCGACACACAACAAAAACGAUUCGGUCGCACUGCAAAAGCGUAUGAAAGGAAACGAAUUAUUUGGUCGAGGAAAAUGGGCCGAUGCAAUGGAAAUGUACAACGAGAGCUUGUGUUUCGCCAAACCAAAAUCACCGCACAUCAGUUUGGCAUAUGCAAAUCGGUCCAGUUGCUUUCUGAAGAUGAAAAAGUACAACGAGUGUCUGAUUGAUAUCGACAUGGCCAUUGAAUGUGGAUACCCAAAGAAUUUGAUGUCAAAAUUGGAAAAGCGACGAGCCGAUUGCAUGGAGUGUAUCGGAACGGAGGGCAACGAGCAAUCGGGUGCAUACGAGCCAAAGUUGAACUUCGAACCGAACGAAACAUUCCCAUGUUUGGCCAAUGUGGUAAAUUUGCAGCAAGAUGAGGAUGGAAUAUGUUCGGUAAUCGCCAAAGAAGACAUUGCUGUGGGUCAAACAAUUGCCAUCGAAGAAGCAUUCACUACGUGCUUGCAUAUGAGGUACGGUUCGAAAUGUACAGUUUGCCUGAAACCUGACACCAACUUGACAGCAUGUCCGAACUGUACAAUCGCCAUGUUUUGCUCUGAUGAUUGCCGAAGCGAUUCAAUUCACGAGUACGAGUGUGGUGUGAAUUUGAAACGCGUCGAAAAUAUGGAAUACCUACGCAGCGUUUUGCAAGCCAUCAAUAUGUUCCCGAACGUUGAUGAGCUGAUACAUUUCGUUGAACAAAUUAAAAUGGAUGAUCCGACCGAUGUACCAGCAAAUUUAACGGAUCCGAAACUGAACUACCGUUCAUUUCUCAAAUCAACAUACGAUGGUUCCGCACAAUCAUUACACUAUCUUGGUGUACUGCAAGUCUAUCCUGUGUAUAAAGUGCUUUUGGACAUUCCAAAAAUUGGCGCAAUGUUCGACACCGAGUACAAGCGUCGUUUUCUCAUGCAUCUCAUCGGUCAACAUGCCCUAGUCACCGAAUACAAUUUGCAGGGAACUACAAUAGUGGAAAGAGGCGCCAAAACGCAGUCAGAUCGUGAACCAAAAAUGACUCACACCAUGACCGGAUCGAUACUAAAGUAUUUCGGCCAUUCGUGUGCGCCAAAUGUACAUUCAAUUACGGUACACAACAAAUUUGUUUAUUACACAAUUCGACCGAUCAAGAGCGGUGAAACUCUGCGACGUUCAAUGGUUCUUUUGUUGGAACCAAAACAAAAACGACAUGAAACAUUGCGCCAAUAUCACAUCACUUGUAAGUGCCAACGAUGCGAUGGUCAAACAGCUUUAAAGUCGCAACGCAAGCAAUUGUCGUCAGAUCCAGGUUAUCGCUUCUUACAAGAAAAGAUGUCGAAUUUGACAAGCGGUGACUUACAGGAGGUCAAUGAUAAAAGCGUCUCAUUCUUGACAAAAUACGGUCGAAUGACAUGGUGCGAUGAAAUCGGUGAAGUUAUUUCUUUUUAUACGAUCGCUCGAUCGAUGCAAUGGUUAGGUGGUCUGGAGACCUUUCCAGAAGCAUACUAACCCAAGAUUAUUCGGUUACAAAUGCCAUCGGUUUUGCGGUGCAAAUGUUCGGAUACAAUAAACAUAAUGAAUAAAUCAUAAUUUUAAUAUCCAAAA